CAGAUUUAUUCAUGCUAUAAAAAAGGACCUUGAAGUUCCUGCUUGUGAGCUAAGGAUAAUUUUAGUUUAAAUAUAGAGACUUGCUUUCCUUCAAAGAUACAACUGCAGCAUUAGACAGACCAUCUGAUCUCCCAGGAAUCUGAGGGGCUGGGGAAGUCAGUAUUUACUGAGAAGAGGUUCAUGUGCAAAUGCAGGGCCCUGUAGGAAGUCUUUGGAAAUCUGUUCCCAAACCUCAUUCCCACUUUUAAAAUAUUGGCCUGGAAUUUAGGCUGAGUUGACUGAAACCCAGACUUGCCUGUUAGUAGCAUGUGGGCUGGUGGUGGGAAGGUGCUGCCCGCACGCCUCUGUUUCCUUGAAAGAUCCGGCUGAAAGGCAUUUGGGCUCCACAUCCCUCAUCUCCACUCCUCAUAACAGCCCCGAGGAGUGGCCAUUUUCCUCGUUCGAUUUUUCUGGUGAGGAAACAGCCUCAAGAGUUGAAAUGAUUUCUCAGGGUCACAUAGCUAGUGAGUGGCAGAGCUGGAACAAAAUUAAAAGGGAUUGAUGAGCAUAAGCACUUAGGCCUACACUCAUGAAAUUCAUCGGCCGCCUCAUGAGACUCAUAGUAGUAGAGGUGAGAAUUCGGUGAUACUUGUUCUCCAAAUCUUGGUGUGAUUAUAUUCUUUGAGAACUGUUCUAAAACUGGAUUAUGGUGAUGGCUGCCUGAAAUAACCACUUGCCCCAGGAGAUUAAGUAAAAUAAUUGGGCAAGCACUGUUUCAUACAUGUUUUUCUCCAUAGUACCAAAGUGAAAUAGAUUAGCCCAUGAACUAAGAACCUGGCUGUACAUCAGAACCACAUGAUGUGAUGUGCUUCUAAAAUGAAAUUGCUCAGGACCCACCCCUACAGAUUUCCCUGAAUUGGUUUCUAGAAUAAAGCCCAAGCAGGAGGAGGUGUUAGAAGCUCUCUAGGUGCCUCCAGUGUGCACCCAUGUUUGGAGACUGCUGGAUUGCAAGAAUGGGGUCCCCCAUAGCUGGAGUGCAAUCAGGAACAUCCUCAUGCAUGGUGGAGAGGCUGGAGAAGCAAGACAAGCCCGGAAGUGAGGAAGGAAGAGGAAAAGUCCAAGCUGUAAGCAGACCGAGUGAGAGGGACGCGUGGGCUUCAGAAGCGCAGGCUGUUGAAGAAGGAGGAGGAACACCCUGUUGCAGGGCAGGGAAAAGAGGUUCCUUUUCGUAGCCUUAGGGGCCAGGGGGCAGAAUCAGGGACAAAGGUUCACUAAAUGUCUAUGUGGUAUUAAACACCACACGUGUGUCCUUUCAUUCCCACACAACCUGAAGCCACCUUUUGAAGAGGAUGUGAGGCUAUUGACCGUUCUGGCGAAGGCUUGUUUCAUAUGGAGCAGGGCAGGGCAUGGUUAAAGAUGGAUCUGUUUGGGGUUAGGAAGGCAGGGAGCUCAUGCAUGGUCGGUAGAUGAGCAAAGCAGCAGGUGUGAGUCCUCGGCCAUCGGGUGGGUCAGGAGCUGGGCUUUCUUUGGCAGUUUGGCUGGAGAUUCCUGAGAACAUGAGAGCUGAGUAGGUAAAAACCAGUUUGAAAGGCACUGGGGGCCAGGCGCGGUGGCUCACACCUGUAAUUCCAGCACUUUGGGAGGCCAAGGCGGGUGGAUCACGAGGUCAAGAGAUCAAGACCAUCCUGGUCAACAUGGUGAAACCCCGUCUCUACUAAAAAUACAAAAAAUUAGCUGGACACGGUGGCGUGUGCCUGUAAUCCCAGCUACUCGGGAGGCUGAGGCAGGAGAAUUGCCUGAACCCAGGAGGCGGAGGUUGCGGUGAGCCGAGAUCACGCCGUUGCACUCCAGCCUGGGUAACAAGAGCAAAACUCUGCCUCAAAAAAAAAACAAAAACAAAAGAAAGGCACUGGGAAGAAACCCUGAUUCUGAAGGCAUAGGUGGGGGCAGAAGGUAAGCUCUGUAAUUACCAAGCUUAAGAAAGUGAAGCCUAGGGAUGUCACAGUCAUUUCUUCUGCUCACCCUCCCAUGGGGCUGCAGUUUCUAUUAAGGACAAUAAUUAUGUUAACUAAUCAUUUUAUGGCUCAGUGGCUAGAUGGGAGAGAACAGAAGCUUAUGUAAGGCUUUUCCUCAAAGAUACAACUGCAGCAUCAGACAGACCAUAUGAUCUCCCAGGAAUCUGAGGCACUGGGGAGGUCAGCAUUUACUUAGAAGAGGUUCGUGUGCAAAUGGAAAGCCCUGUAGAAAGGCCUUGGAAAUCUGUUCCCAAACUUCAUUCCUACUUUUUGCAGAUCCAGCUGUUCCUGAUGUGCUGGGGAAAGUUCAGCGUUCAGUCUGUAGAUGUUCUGGGUGACUCAAGUCAACGUGGGAAGCCAGGUUGACGCUAGAGUCUCAUACAACACCCUGAGUGGCAAUAGGGCCACCGAGGCUGCUCCUGGACUGAGGAGAGUUGCUGAAGAAGUUUGUGCAGGGAAGGAAUAAAGGAUCAUGCAGGAAUUUGAGAGCCAAGGCAGAAUGCACCUGGCCCCCAGGCCCAGGUGGGCCAGCGGUCUGCCCAGCCGCUCCCGGCCUCAGGACCUGUGCACGUGCCCUUUCCUGAUGAGGGAAGAUGUACACCACUCCUGAACUCCCAGUCACAUGUGACUGAGUCCUCUGAUUUUUCUGCUGUUGCCCAGAUUUCAUCUGCACAAGAGAUCUUUCCUGCUCACCUGAAUAUUCACUCUUCCUCCUACACAUUCACUUUCACUAAUUCUAUUCCUACCACCUGUCACUAUUGGAAUUUUUCUUUUCUUUUUUGUUUAUUUUGCCUUCCCUACUUAGAAUAUAAAUUCCAUGAGGGUAGGUGUGAUGGUUAAUACUGAGUGUCCCCUUGACUGGAUUGAAGGAUGCAAAGUAUUGAUCCUGGGCAUAUCUGAGGGUGUUGCCAAAGGUGAUUAACACUUGGGUCAGUGGCUGGGACAGGCAAACCCACCCUUAACCUGGGCGGGCACCAUCUAAUCAGCUGCCAGAAUAGAAAAACAGGAAAAGGCUAGACUGGCCUAGCCUCCCAGCCUGCAUCUUUCUCCCAUGUUGGAUGCUUCCUGCUCUGGAACAUCGUACUCCAAGCUCUUCAGCCUGGGAGUUGGACUGGCUCUCCUUGCUCCUCAGCUUGCAGAUGACCUAUUGUGAGACCUUGUGAUCGUCGGUGUAAUCUCAGCUCAUUUCAGCCUCAGCCUCCUGGGCUCAAGUGAUCCUCCAGCCUCAAAUCCCUGCCAAGUAGCUGGAACUACAGGCACGUGCCACCACGCCCGGCUAAUUUUUGUAUUUUUAGUAGAGAUGGGGUUUCACCAUGUUGCCCUGGCUGGUCUUAAACUCCUGGACUCAAGCAAUCCGCCCAACUCACCUCCCAAAAUGUUAGGAUUGUAGGUGUGAGCCACCAUGCCUGACCCAUGCCAAGCUAAUUUUUAAACAUUUUUUUUGGUAGAGUUGGGGUCCCACUAUGUUGCUCUAGCUGGUCUCAAACUCCUGGCCUCAGUCCUCCUGCCUCAGCCUCCCAUAAUGCUGGGAUUAUGGAUCUGAGCCACUGCACCUGGCCUCUCCAUAUUUCUAUGAUCAGCCCCAUGGACAGCUGUGGCCCAGUCAGUCUGCACUUUCUGGCGGAUGUCUGCUCAAAUAACAGCCCGCUUUGGGGAAGGCUCUGUCUUCAGGAUCCCAGAGAGACUUGAGGCUUCUCCAUGAGGGGAAAGUAGGUGGGCUGAGGUGAUUCUAGUUUAUCCUCAUGUAAAAAUCUCUACCCACAGAAUGGGACACUGUGCAGUCAUUAACUAGAAAGAUAAAUACUAGAUUCAGAAACAGAAAAGUGCCUGUAACGUUGUGCUGACUUGUAAGGAAUGGAGAAUAGAGUUUCUGUAAAAUGGAGACACACAGAUACUUCUUCAGGCACCUGCACAUAGAAUGUUCACUGAAAUGGUACUACCGGAAUCACAGAAUUUUUUCUUUAUUCUCAGUACUUUUACAAUAUAUACUAUCUACUGAUUAGAUCGCCUUUAUAUAAAGAGAAACAAAAAGAGAAGCCACACAAAAAAAGUCUGAGAAACAAACUAAAAAUCCCCAAAUCCCAGUUCACCUAGAAAAAAAGUGACCCAAACUGUAGGCAAACUAACGGUCAGGGUUUUUAAACUCAGGCCCAGUUCUGAGAUGCACAUUGUUAGGGGUGCGGUCUUGUGCCACUGUUAAUUCCACAGCUCAUUUAGCGGCAAGCUUGCCCACAGCACAUCUCCAUAGAAACGGAACCCGCAGGGACUGGAGGAUGUAAUUACCUGAGGAUAUGGCAAAGAGGAGAGGAGUUCUCACGCCAACAAGAAAGGUGAGCCUGGGGUCUUCAAAGGCAGAACACCCAGGGCCUGCCACGUGGCCUCCAAGUGGGCACACUUCGGGGCUGGGUGAGAAAUGCUUGGAAACCUGGGUGCUCCCUUCUGGGCUGCUUAUAAAAGCCACCUCAGGUCUGGCUCCUUAAGGAGAGGUGACGACGGGGACGAAGCCAGGCAGGGAGGGCAAUGCUCACCGCCUCCAUUUUCCGUCCGACACUGCUGCUCUGCUGGCUGGCUGCUCCCGGGCCCACCCAGCCUGAGAGCCUCUUCCACAGCCGGGACCACUCGGACCUGGAGCCAUCCCCGCUGCGCCAGGCCCAGCCCAUUGCUGACCUCCAUGCUGCUCAGCGGUUCUUGUCCAGAUACGGCUGGUCGGGGGCGCAGGCGGCGUGGGGGCCCAGCCCCGAGGGGCCACCAGAGACCCCCAAGGGCACCUCCCUGGCCCAGGCGGUGCGCAGGUUCCAGCGGGCGAACGCGCUGCCGGCCAGCGGGGAGCUGGACGCGGCCACCCUGGCGGCCAUGAACCGGCCGCGCUGCGGGGUCCCGGACACGCGCCCGCCACCCCCGGCUGCCCCGCGUGUUCCCCCCAGCCCGCUCCCCAGAGUCCGCCCCAGGCGCUCCCCGUGGAUGCUGCCGUCCCUGUCCCUGUCCCGGCGGGGUUGGCAGCCCCGGGGCUUCACUGACGGCGGGGCCGCCCAGGCCUUCUCCAAGAGGACGCUGAGCUGGCGGCUGCUGGGCGAGGCUCUGAGCAGCCAGCUGUCCGCGGCGGAGCAGAGGCGCAUCGUGGCCCUGGCCUUCAGGAUGUGGAGCGAGGUGACGCCGCUGGACUUCCGCGAGGACCUGGCUGCCCCCGGGGCCGCGGUCGACAUCAAGCUGGGCUUUGGGAGAGGCCGGCACCUGGGCUGUCCCCGGGCCUUCGAUGGGAGCGGACAGGAGUUUGCACAUGCCUGGCGCCUAGGUGACAUUCACUUUGACGAUGACGAACACUUCACACCUCCCACCAGUGACAUGGGCAUUAGCCUUCUCAAGGUGGCCGUCCAUGAAAUUGGCCAUGUUUUGGGCUUGCCUCACACCUACAGGACAGGAUCCAUAAUGCAACCAAACUACACUCCCCAGGAGCCUGUGUUUGAGUUGGACUGGGCGGACAGGAAAGCGAUUCAAAAGCUGUACGGCUCCUGUGAGGGAACAUUUGAUACAGCAUUUGACUGGAUUCGCAAAGAGAGAAACCAAUAUGGAGAGGUGAUGGUGAGAUUUAGCACGUAUUUCUUCCGCAACAGCUGGUACUGGCUUUAUGAAAACCGAAACAACAGGACACGCUAUGGGGACCCUAUCCAAAUCCUCGUUGGCUGGCAUGGAAUCCCAGCACACAGCAUAGAUGCCUUCGUUCACAUCUGGACAUGGAGAAGAGAUGAACGAUAUUUUUUUAAAGGAAAUCAAUACUGGAGAUACGACAGUGACAAGGACCAGGCCUUUACAGAAGAUGAACAAGGAAAGAGCUAUCCCAAGUUGAUAUCCGAAGGAUUUCCUGGCAUCCCGAGUCCCCUGGACACGGCCUUUUAUGACCGAAGAAAGAAGUUAAUUUACUUCUUCAAGGAGUCCCUUGUAUUUGCAUUUGAUGUCAACAGAAACCGAGUUCUUGAUUCUUACCCAAAGAAGAUGACCGAGGUUUUCCCAGCGGUGACACCACAAGACCACCCUUUCCGAAACGUAGAUUCUGCUUAUCACUCCUACGCACACAACUCCGUGUUCCUUCUCAAAGGCAAUGCAUACUGGAAAGUGGUUAAUGACAAGGACAAGCAAAAGAAUUCCUGGCUUCCUACUAAUGGCUUAUUUCCAAAAAAGUUUAUUUCAGAGAAGUGGUUUGAUGUUUGUGAUGUCCAUAUCUCCACACUGAACAUGUAAUGAGAAAAGCGGAAAAUGGAGAGUCAGGUCAUAGGACUUCGCCAAGAGAAAAAUUCUGAUAGUGUUUACAAAGAACAUCAGAUUUUCAGCAGCUGACCGCAAAUAUGGCUCUGUAAGCUAAAACCCAAUGGAAAACGCCUUAGUUGAACUUUUAAAAUACUUGAUUUAAAAAUCAGUUGCUCAGGUAAAACAUAAUUCAUAACCUAGAAAGGUUAGAAACAAAACUAAGCAUCCAAGGAUCUUUGUCUGCUUUCUACUCUGUGGGGCUCUGCCCAUCCCAACUGCUUGUCCCCCUGAUUUAUGGGAGUUGGAAAGGUGACCAGAGCCGUGGGUCAAGGUAUCAAGGAAGGAGAUGCCAUGGGUAUGAUCUUACUGAGGGAUUCAAUUGGAAAGGUCAUGGAAUUCAAAUGAAUUGCACUCCAAAGUCCCCGUCAGAAUGACAUUUCUCUAAUGACAGUGUACAAAAGGCUUUCAAGUGUAUUUCUCUCUUGAUCUUCACAACUCUGUCAGCGCGGCAGGCUGGAUACUAUGGUACACAUUUCCAGUCAUAUUAACCGAAGUUCAUCUGUUGUAUCCUGCCAAAAGUCAAAUGCAGUGGCAGCUCUGGGCCCUCAUCUCCAAAUCUCAGCCCAGGGUCCUCUGCACUUCCUCUGUGUCACUGCGGUGGUGGCCGGCCCUGCAGUGAGUUCCACCGCCUUCUUUGAACACACGGGCCUGCAACCCAAAUGCUCCUGAACAGAACAACUCUUCUGCUUCACUGGAAUUCACUUAGUGUUCUCUCCUGCACUUCAUAUGACACUUUACUCAGGUUCUAAAGACCAGACUACCAAAAGGAGACUCUUGAAGCUAGUUGGAUAAUUUCAUGUUUCCAAUAUCAGUUAUAUCUAGGAUAGGCAUAUGUCCCUUCGACUUUUAUAUAAUACGAUUAUUAACUCUUAACCCGAACGAAACCCAAUGUCAUUUGUAACGAGGUGAACAAAAUCUGGGCAAUGAAACGAACUAAGAUGGUUUCAGUGGCCUCAAUGAUCAGGCCACAAAUACCACAUUUCUUCUUCUAAAGGAACAGCUAAAACACAGGCUAAAGAGUACUGAAGGACAAGUGAUAGUGGAAUAUGAUUGGAAGAACUAUGAGAGUGUAAAGACAGACCCUCCCUAAGAUGUGAAACAAAGGAAAGAUCUAGAGCUGAAGGUAGAGAAGACAUUAAGAAUCACCUUCUGCAGACCUCCACCCUACACACAAGGACUGCAGGAAAAUUUGAAGCUUGUGGUACACGGAAGCUGAAGAUAACAGUUUAAUGGACUGAAGGAGAAGAAACGACAAUCGAGACUCAAAUAUACUGAGGAGUUUCAUCACUUCUUCUCGACUGAGACUGGGAGAAGCAUCAGCAGCUGGAGCAGCGUCACCACUCUUCGGCUAAAAACAACAAGUUAUUUUACUUGAGCUACCCAACAACUGGAGUUUCAUACCAUAUCAAGUGAUGGAACUGCAGUUUCAUUAAUCCAGUACAUUUUUUAACCCCAAACAAAACAAACAAAAAGCACACCUGCAAUCAUUUUGACAGACUAAAACACAUAAUUAAUGUCAGUCCAAAUAGGCACUUAUGUAGAAGAAAUUAAUCCUGACUUUCCAACAUUAGACACAGCAGGGAAAUGUACAGUAUCACACAGGAUUUGACCAAGCAGGGCUAGGAGAGCAAGAGGUGGGUGCACCAUGGGGGCUUCAGGAAGCUUUUAGCAACAGCAGAAGGUAACAUGAAUGCUGGAAUGCCCAGAAAACUAGAAAUUCCUUCCUGAGGAGCCUGCUUAGGCCCAUUCUUCACCAUUCAUCUGCUCUCAGGCAUUUUAGUGGAAACUACAAAAGAAGGCACAGGCCUUUACUUUUAAAGCAUAAAACAAAUUCCCACCACCACCAACAAAAAAGCUUAAGAGACUUUAUAAUUUGCUAACUAUGGUCUUGUUGAGAUACAUUAUUUAAAAAUAGUUUAAAAUACUUGCAAAUUAAAGAAGGGAGAUAAAUAAUUCUACCAGGCAAAUAUAACAAAUCACUGUUAAAGUGUUUUCGGGCAUAGCAUACAUAUGUAUGUGUGCGUAUACACACACACAUAAAACAUAUACAUAAACACACACAUCUCAUAUGCCCACCAUACACAUUUACCAUGUAGCUUAAGACACACAAAAAUCAAAUACAGUCAUUUUCUCCAUUUACCUGGCCAAAUUCUUCUACAAGCUCCUUCUGGAUAAGCUGGAAUGCAUGCUCAGUUCUCACCAUUAUAUCAAGCGCCCCAGACAGUGUUUUCAACUUUCCAACAUUGCUAUUCUGGCCUAAAGUGUAAAAUACAAAAUGUUAAUUCCUUUAAAAAUAAAUCUAGAAACCCAUCUAAUGUUAAUGUAUUAAUGAAAAUUCAGACUUUCAAACCACUAUAAAGGAAGCUAAUGAGAAUCUUAAAUCUUCUAAAUUCAACUUCUGUUUAAUAUUAUUCCCUUGAGAAAAAUACUAAGUCUGAACAAAGCAAUAAAUAAUAAUUGUUUCCCUGCCUCA